UUCAGGCAAGAUGCGUUGGAAAACUAAACGUACUCUUGGAUUAGCCGUCACGGCGUGUACACUGUAUUUUUGUGUUAGUGUUCUGAUGCAAGGUAGAAAAACUAAAUUAUUGCUCGUAGAGAAAAACAUCGAAAUGAUAACACGCAAUCCCAACAGAAAGCCUGUGUACAGCUACAGAACUGACAACAAUGUAUACAUUAGCAACAGUACGAUUGACUUAGGCCAAGAAAUGGCACCGGACCUAUCGGAAUUGGACCGUAGGACCGUCAUAGUAUCUGGAUUUGGACAGAAGGAAAUCAUGAAUGGCUUAGGAAUGAUCGCAUCUAUCCAGGCUCACAUGCCUAACAAACAAAUUAUUGUUUAUAAUUUUGGAAUUUAUCAAAAAAGAUUAGAGACUAUGAAAGCUCUGUGCAAUGUAGAAGUGAGAAAACUUCCAUAUAACAAUUACCCAAUUCACGUGCAGCAUCAUGAAAACGGAGCGUGGAAGUUCCUUGUUAUCAGGGAUCUUCUAAAAGAGUAUGCUGCUGUUUACUUUACAAGUCCCAAAAAUCGCUUCAGAGCUCCUAUCAGUCUUCUUUUGCCAUUCGUCAAAGAACGCCAUGGAAUCAUCGGCAACGUAGAUCGCAAGAACAGAGCUGUUGAUGUGACGCAUCCCAGCGCCUAUCACAUAUUUAACUUAACACACACAAACUUUACAAACACUUAUCCAAAUGCUCCAAUACUCUCUGGAAAUGCACUGCUCUUAGUUAACAACUCAGCAAUUUAUACAACAAUGUUACAGCCACUAAGGGCGUGCGCAUUAUCACUAAGUUGUAUUGCGCCUUCUGGAUCAACCAAACACACUGUGAAACCAGUUGGCCGAAUGCACACCCAUCGGUACGAAAUGUCAGCUUUUACACUAUUAAUGUACAAGAACUUUGGAGAUAAAUGGUUAAAUGAUAAUCAUAUGGAGGACACAAUGCAGCGGAUACAUCACAGACUGUUCCUGAAUAGUGCCAAUGAUCACAUUUGGGCCCAUUUCUGUAAUCCACCAAAAGAAGAGGUGACAGAUAAGAUGAAGAUUUCAUGAACGUUUCCAGAGUGUCACAUUUCACUGAACUACCUAGAAAAGGGUAGGAAUACAUGCUCGUUCCAAAAACACACAUGUUUACGUAAUACAUUUAAGCCACGGCAUUGUUUACCUUACCAGGGACGGGGCUUACAUUUAAAAAAAAGUGAAUUAAAAUUUAGCAUACAACAAUAGUUGAAAACUCAGAUGAAACCAAUAAUGAAAAUAUAAAACGCAAAUGAAAUGUUGGUGGGGGUGGAACAAAGCAAAACACACUUAAGAAAUAAAAAAGUACACAAACUAUAUGUAUUAUUAUCUAUGAUCUUCCAGUUUGUUAUAAUAAACUUUUUAACAAUACGAUAAGAUAAUAAUAAUCUGUUUCUAUAAAUUGAUAAUAAAAAAAUAUACAUAUUUUUGAUUUAAAGAACAAUCUAAGUUCUUUCUUUAAGAUAUUAAUUACUUCCGCCAAGGAGGUUAUGUAUUCACCGCUGGCUGUCUGUCUGUCAGCAAGAUUAAGCAAAAAUUCUUAAAAUCUAGUGGAAUGGUACAUAAUAAUCGAAGAAAGACACCAUUCAAUUUUCGGAAGAAAAGGUCAAAGGACAAGGUCAUAGAAAAUUCAAUUUUUUACCCUCAAGCAUAAAAGAAAAUUAUGGAAUCAACCCUCAUAUUCAGGCAGCACUCAAGAAAACAAUGUGCCUGAAUACGACAGGUGAUUCCAUUAUUUUCUUGAGGUGGGGCAAGGCGGAGGAAUGCACUAGUAAUUUAUUGUUAUUAACAAUAUUAUUUUCAUUAAUUUGGUAAGAAAGCACAAAUAUUUUAACUGUGAAUGCUUAGCGUAUCAAGUUGUGUGAGAUGUACGCAAUCAAUAAACUAAACAAAUCAAUCAAUCAAUCACUAUUCAUAAAUCACUGUAAAAUUCCUUGAUCAUUGCACCGUUUUACGAGAAAUAAAAAAGUAAUUUAUAAAAAUAA